UUUCGAAGCCGCCGUCCACCGAGCAUACCAUUUCCGACCCCCGCCAUGGCGGCUGGGAGGCUUCCAGGCUGUCCAAAGAAUUCCAACCGUCGGUCCCCCGCCGUGGUUUCAUUUCAACUAACAUCCAGGGGCAUUUUCGGGAGGCCAGCCCCUUCCCUCUUUGCCCCCACCUAUGUUUUUAUACUCCUAAUUCCUCUCCUCCGCCCCCGCUAUACCCGAAUCCUAUCCUUUUCGUCUUAAAAUUUCUCCUCCUUUCUUUCCGCUUACCAAGAACGCUUCCUUGAUCGCCUCCGUUCCUUGUUCUAGAGGUCAAAGGAAGAACGGAUAAGAAGAAAAAGAAACGGCGAUUGAUCUAUCGAUCGUGAGUCGGAACAGCCGGUGGUGUCUUCCUCCUCGUAAUUUUCUCACUGAAACCCGAUUUUGUUUGAAGAUUUAUCGAUUGAAUUGGAUCUGGGACGGGGAUUUUUGGGUUUAGGAGCGCGAAUUGGUGGGAUUAGGGUCGGGAUUUUGAUUGGGCGUGGGAUGGGGGCGGGGGUGUCGAGCAUCAUGGGGCCGGAAGGGGAGUGUGGGGGGCACGAGACGGGGCUGGGUGACCUGCCGGAGCGCUGCGUGGCAGAGGUGUUUUUGUACCUCGACCCGCCGGAGAUCUGCGGGCUGGCGCGGCUCGGCCGGGCGUUCCGUGGAGCGGCGUCGGCGGACUUCUUGUGGGAGACGAAGCUCCCCGGGAACUACUGGUAUCUGAUGGGGUUGGUGGAGAAUGAGAAUAGCAAAACGAGGUAUCUUAGCAAGAAGGAGAUAUACGCCCGGCUCUGUCGGCCGAAUCCUUUUGACGGGGGAACCAAGGAAUUCUGGCUGGAGAAGUGCAAGGGUGGCCUUUGCGUGUCCAUUUCUUCAAAGGCUCUGUUGAUUACAGGGAUUGAUGACCGGAGAUAUUGGAAUUACAUUCCCACAGAGGAAUCCAGCAUUUUUGUGAUACAACAGACCAAGGGAAUAGCUUCUGAUAUGAGUGAAGUUGAUAAGGAAAAGAAGAUUCCAUGCUGUUGCAUAUCUUCAGCAAAUCUGGUGGUUUGAGGUGGAUGGGGAAAUCAACUUCUGUUUCCCAGUUGGUACGUACAGCCUUUUCUUCCGGCUCCAUGUAGGCCGACCCUCCAAGCGACUUGGCCGUCGGAUAUGCAGCUCUGAGCAUGUACAUGGGUGGGGUAUAAAGCCUGUGAGGUUUCAGUUGUCAACGUCAAAUGGCCAGCAUGCUCUAUCCCAUUGUUAUUUAGAUGAGCCUGGGAGUUGGAUCCUUUACCAUGUAGGAGAUUUUGUUGUAGAGAACUCCAACAUGCCAACCAAUCUCAAGUUCUCGAUGACACAAAUUGAUUGUACACAUACAAAAGGUGGUCUUUGUGUCGACUCUGUUUUGAUAUAUCCCAAGGGACUUCAGCAGGAAAAGAUUUUUACCACCCACAUGUAACUAUGUAGAAUGAGGGAUGUAGUCUGUAAAACUAGAGAAUCAAAUGUAGAUGUUCUUUUUUCCCUGGGCAUCUAGAAUGUAAGGCAAUGUUUCUAAUUUUGUUAUUGAUCUUCAAGUGAAUAUUAAGAGCUGUUUUGUUCA